AAAACGGGGCAGUACUUGAAGGCUUGACAAAUGCAUCCCAGGUUGAAAAACUGCUGCAUUCCUCCUCCUCUUCCUCCUUUAGAAAACUGACUUCUUUAAAGAGGUAAGAGAGAAGCAAAAUAAGUAAGAAAAUGCUGGGAUCAGAACGAGGUGUUGUGGAAGAAUGGCUGUCAGAAUUCAAGGUAUUACCUGAAACACAAGUUUCCAGCUAUGCAGCUACAUUGCACCGAAAAAAACCACUGGUACCAGCUCUUUAUAAGGUCAUUCAAGACCCAAAUAAUGAGCUCCUGGAGCCUGUUUGCCACCAGCUCUUUGAACUUUAUCGUAGUUCUGAAGUUCGGCUCAAGAGAUUCACGCUGCAAUUUUUGCCAGAGUUGAUCUGGGUAUAUCUGCGUCUUACUGCCAGCAGGGAUAGGCAGAGUAAUGGUUGCAUUGAAGCAUUGCUGCUUGGCAUUUACAACUUGGAAAUUGCUGACAAAGAUGGAAACAACAAAGUUUUAUCUUUCACCAUCCCUUCAUUAUCUAAACCCUCAAUAUAUCAUGAGCCCUCUACUAUUGGAUCCAUGGCUUUAACUGAAGGAGCUCUAUGUCAGCAUGAUCUCAUCAGGGUAGUUUACAGUGAUCUUCAUCCUCAAAGAGAAACCUUCACAGCACAGAACCGGUUUGAGGUGCUGAGCUUUCUUAUGCUGUGCUACAAUUCUGCUAUUGUCUAUAUGCCUGACUCUUCUUACCAAUCGCUUUGUAGGAUGGGUUCCAGGCUGUGUGUGAGUGGAUUUCCACGGCAGCAUGAGAAACGCUGGAAAGAGCACUGUGGUAGAGUGGUGUUAGACCCUGACUUCAUGGUGCAGCUGCUCACGGGUGUCUAUUACGCCAUAUAUAAUGGUCAGUGGGAUCUUGGCCAGGAGGUAUUGGAGGACAUAAUUUACAGAGCCCAGCUUGAACUCUACUCACAGCCUCUGCUGGUAAGAAACAAUCCAUUGCAAUCAUAA